CAACGCAUGGUAUUCGACUUACACGAAAAUUCGAGUUAAGAGUAUUUCUCCAGCACGCAUUAUUCGCAUAACAAAUUGUUACAUUAGUCCCAUGUGUGCAAUACAAUCUCUCAUCCAAUAUUUACUCGCAAGCCAUGCACCGCUCCAAAAGUGUUGUCUAUCUAGGAUAUGCAUUCAAGGAAUGGAUAAUAAGACAAACCGAUUGGAUUUCGAAAAAAAUUACGUUGCCGUUGCACUCCUUAGGUUAUACUAUUUAGGUUUAUUUUGCAAAUAAAACAUCUUAUAUGGCGUAUUUACAUCUACCAGAUUUCAUCAGGUAUGACGUUAUUGUGCCUUCAAAAUCUUCGGACCGCACGUUUUAGGUAUGACCGUUUGGCUCCGCUGGAAACGUUUUCUUUGAGUUUAUUUUGUACUGAUAACUAUUAUCUCGCUAUUCGCUAGAGUUGCCCCAUCAACGGCUCUAUCGCUAAGCGCCGUUUUGUGUUCAAGAUGUCAAAGUCUGAAGAGGUAGUAACUAAAAAUAAAAAAAUAAUAAUAAAAUAUAGCUCUAUACGAAAGUUACAAGUAUAAUCUACCCCGAAAUUUGAAAAAUGAUCGUUCAAGUUGAAUCCUAGUUGUUGUUAGAAAACCAUUGAGACUACUCGUUAUUUGAAGGCAAACGAAUGAACUUCAAUUCUUCUUCUUCUACAUAGGACAUUCAUUCAUUGUCUAGUCCUGUUGGCUGCACCAUCUAUAUUACUUGGCUGAAGGUAGCGUUUGGUGUUCAGCUAAUUGCAUUACGAUGGAUUUUUAAUGUUAUGCGCCCAUCCGUUCCAGAUAAUACGGAUUCGAUUAGAACCGACGUAAAAUGAGCGGCGAUACACAAAUACAAACACAUUAUUUAUAUAUGUUUUGAAUCAAAAAAAAGUUGCAAAAAAUUGUGUUAUACUAUCAUAGGCCACACAAUUUUCAGCCGACCUGUUAUUUACGGUGAUCACAAAAAAAAAACAUUGUAUGAGCGAGUGAAAGGUAAACCUACAUACAUUCAACACAAUUCACCAGGAGAGCAAGAGUGAAAGCGAACCGGAGGGGCAUAUAGAGCGUAUAAUAUAAUUUCCAUCAUUAAGGGGUACAUAGACCGGCUUACUUCCAGGGGUAGUUUAUGUAGAAGAACAGAGAAAAAGGUACAUGUUUGAUCAGGUGCGCCUUUUGCUUCAUAAUACGGCGCGUCGCCACUCUCUCGCAUAACCGGGAAGGAGCACGCUUGAUGUUGGUUCGCGCAUACGCAGAAACCUCUUAGUAGCGUUUCAGACUUUGCGAUGUGCUGUUGCACAGUUUCUUCGACGAUUUGGUGCAACCACCAAUCUGAGCUCUCGCUGUGUGAUGUUUUAAGCAUAUUAGCCGGUUAAUCCUUGUUUUACAGUGGAGUAUUUGUUGGUCGGUUAUCUUCUCCCAUUUCAAACAAAAUGUUGCCAUCACUUAAAACGGUUGGUGCUAGCUUCCAUGUAAAAUGAAGUUAACUGCCACGUUAAACGAUUCCGCUCACACACAUGAUGUUUACUUGGUGAAAAAGCUUAUGUGGCAACAACUUGGUCUUCGUUAUUAUCUCGAUAGGUUUAUGAGUCAGAACGCCGGUCAGAAGGCGUUUGGAUAAAUGUCACAACCUCCUUGCUCUCAGCUUUUCACAACCAAAAGUGGAACGUGUGUACCUUGACCAAAACGAUAAGCUACAAGAAAAGGUUGAUUUGGUUAAAAACGAUCGUGGCUCUAUAUGCUCCGUAGUGUGCUCAGUGUGCGAUUAAGAAACGUGUCGCUUUUGUGUGAAAAUACCUAUCGCAAAAAAUAAUCUAUCAGUGCUUCAAUUCUAAUGGUUAUAUCAUCAUUGAUGGACGGCCGAUUAAAGAGAAGGAAUAUGUAUACAUUGUAGAACUAUAUUUACAUCAACUAGAGCUAUAUGAAGUUGCAAAGGAACUGCGGCUGGUUUCUGGCAACUGUGAACAGUACUCUAUUCACACCCGCUGUGUCUCGGGUUUGUGGAGGCUGGCACAAAAAUUCAAAAACCAUUCAACCGGAAAUGUGCGAAGGAGUGAGGGAGAGUUGUUGUAGCUCCGCGACUGUUACCGGAAGCCGGCAACAAGCCACGAAGCAUUAGGGAUGGCCAAUGGCCUCGAGAGUGAUUGUGGCAAAAGCGGGUGUAAUAGUGUAAACGUGUGUACGUACAAAGAGAUAGUGCAGCACCAUAGUAACUGUGGCAUAUACUGAGUAUCAAACAACUGCCACGACCACGUUUUACGAGCUUAAGCGAAGCGAGUGUUAUACUGCGUAGUGAUCGCAGAUUCAUCGAUUCAUCAAUCGGGAAUCGUCUCACAUUUUUAAUUAUUAAUCAAGUGAAUUGUGAACCAAAGAAAAUUCAACAUCGCACAGCCACGAAUAUGGAGGGUGAUAUAAACAAUUUUCUUUUUAAUCAGGAUGAUUGGCAGGAGGAAGAUUUCAUGAGUUUACUAAAGAUGGAUGAUACAAUGCUAUUCAGCGAGCCUCCUAACAACAAUGCCGGUGGGUCGGACGAGCUGGAUGAUAUCAUGAGACAGCUCAACUAUAGUUACUCCACCGAGACGUAUCUAGGUGAACAACAGGUCACAUCUCCGCUUUCGUCCCAUUCGUCUUCGGAUCAAGAUUUCCAUGGAUUCCCAAACACAACAGAUGGUAGCAGUAGUGCGUCACUUGAUGGGUACUUCGAUGAAGGUUACGGUGUACGCAUGCAGGAUUCUCCCCCCAUGAAAGCGGAACUAGAAAAUGUAGACUUAAACAUGUUAAACGUGCUGGAACUGAGCACCUCAUCCGAACAAGAGGUCAUAUCGUCGGGUGCUUCUGAUAGCGGAUUGUCGAGCGAUCAUCUUGAUCUGGACCCGAACACGGAAUAUGAGGCGCUUAGUCCCGUGAUGUCUUCAUCCGGUCCGUCGAUUAGUGAGCACGUUGGACCAAAUUCUCCGCAUCGCUACGUAAAAUCAGACCAGAAUCUGGGUACGGAAGCUCCUCAGAUGAAUCGUCAUGCCCAGUUUGCAUCGCAAUCGGUCCUACCUCAACCGAUAGUAACAGGUGAGCGAUCGGCACAAUCAACGGUACCAGUUCGCGUUGAAAAGUUGGCUACUAAACCGAUUGUUACUGAUGCAUCUGCGAGGAAUCCGCAAUCGCAAUCGAUGAAAACGGGCUCAAUCAAGACGUCUGCACCUACCGUUUAUCAACAGACGACAGGAGAAAAAUCAUUGGUUGGCGCUGGUCCUAAGAGGAUUGUUGCAUCGACAAACAGCAAUACGGCAAUGACAGCAAUUGUAUCUAGCGCUCCGAAGCAAUUCAUAUGCAACGGCAAAGAGCUGAAGUUUAUUCGCAUGGCAACGACGAAGAACGGCCAAACGGUUGCAGUUGCCAACAAAGUAACGACUGGCAGUGCGACGAAUAGUAACAAAAAAGUUACCUUGCAAUUAAAGAACAACGCGACAAACGUGAAGACAAUUGGAGGCAGUGGCACGCUUAUUCCCAAAAAUUUGGUGCUCACUUCGUCUUCGGCCAGCUCUUGCAAUCCAAGCACUGUGUCCGGCGUUCGCAAAAUUAUCCGUAUGCAUCAACAAACGCAGCAGAACGGACGUCAAAUACUUGUCCCGGUAACGAUUCAAGAUCUGCGAACGAUUAAAAUCGUCAAUUCGUCCAAUCUAAAAAAUAAAUCGACCAACAUUAAGCUGGCAGCGGCUAACAUGCUGCAACAGUCUAAGCAGGGUCUAAUACAAAAGAACGUGGUGCUCAGUAAGGAUCAGCUACUGAUUGAUGACGGUCUGUCAAACCCUGUGCCUAGUUCCUCCAGUACGGACAACUACGUGUUUGAGGACAUUAUGGAACAGAGUAAUUCAGUGAUUGCCGAGGUAGAACGUCAGCAGAACCAUAUUAUCAGUGAUUCCGACGUCGAACCAGACGGUGACGACGGUGAUGACGACGAUGUCGAUAUGGACGAUAUUAGUAAAGGACGAAAUCAAAACGGAACGUAUCAGAAGCUGAUGCUUACUGCGGAGGAGAAACGGCUAUUGGCAAAGGAAGGUAUCUCGCUACCAACUAGCUAUCCGCUAACGAAACAUGAAGAACGUGAGCUAAAGCGCAUCCGGCGAAAAAUUCGAAACAAAAUUUCGGCCCAGGACUCUCGCAAACGCAAGAAGGAGUACGUCGAUGGACUUGAGGAAAGAGUCAAACAGUGUACCGAAGAGAACCAGAAUUUAGUAAAACGAAUCAAGAUUCUGCAGAGCCAAAAUCACGACCUCGUUAGUCAGAUGAAGCGUAUUCAGUCGCUUUUGACGAAGGGCACAAGCAAGACCACACAACCGGCCACAUGUCUUAUGGUUCUGUUGAUCAGUAUGGCUCUUGUAGCCGUUCCAAAUCUAAAGCUUGGAAACACUGUCACCCAGCAAAACAUUCAAGACUCGAUAGAAAUGUCUGAGCUUAUACAGGAGGUGGCCAACGAUAAGUUGCAGGUACAACAGAAUCGGCGUUCGUUACUAUUUGACACCAAGGAACAAGGCCAGAGCGCCGAUGAAGAGUUGAACUUCGAUGAGAUUAUGUCCUCGUUCAACACCAAUUUGUUAAUCGCGAAUGAGCAUGAUUACUUCAGCGAGGCUGAUGGUCGUUCAGGCAACGAACAACCUUCAGCAAAGCGCUCAAAGCUGUUGACCACUACACUGAUCGACUAUGAUGUGGAUGAUGAUGUAUGGAACGGUAAUAAUAAGAUUCGCAUCAAACAGGAAGCGGGAUCAAUGUCACCGGAUAGUAGUAGCAGCACCACCAUGAGCAGUAACAAUGCAUUAUUCGAACAAAAAGUGCGUGAAUUCCAGUCAUCUUUUCAGAAGGGCAUUCGUGACGGGGGGAAUGGUAUUGCGCAGGAUUUUUUCACACGGGAUAACAUUAACAGUCAGGUGAUUGUGGAUCAUGAGUUAUUCGAUUUAGUCGCUAAGCAAGACAACGAAUUGUAUGAUAUGAACCUGGAUACCUUCUCGGGUCUGCAGACAAAAGGAAUGAGUGGUGUCAGCGAUAUCAAUCUGCUUGCAAUCCGUUCCGAACCAACCGUCGUUGUUAAUGCCGACACAACAGCAGGAGAGGCAAACGAAGCACGAAAAAUGAAUGCUUCUCAGCAGAUUCAACAGCAAAACAAUAAGCGUAAAUUGCGGCUCGAAAUAGAGCAGAGACAUUGAUUGCUCUGCUGAAACGCGUAUUUGCUGCCGUACGAUAGAAGCUGGCUAUUUACCAUCAUCGACCUUCAUUGUCGUUUAAAAAGGUGUAAAUACGUGUUUAGAACAUAGUCUUAGAGCGAAUUACUAUGUCCGUUUACCAUUUCCAUUUAUCCUUAGUGUUCUCCAUUGCAAUGGGAAAUGCAUUUUGUCUCUUAAUUGCAGAGCAUGUGAAAGACGCACGGAAACACGAUAGAGCUGUGCAGAGUGUCACUAGAUCUGUGCUAGUAUCAUUUUGAUUAAGUACGUACUGUCGCUAUUAAGCAGUAGAUCAUAUGUUUGGACGAAAUGCGCCGUCUAGUAUUUUAUUAGUAUCACAAAUUGACAUAAGCAGCAAAUUAGCGAUGUUUUUCAUGUUUGUGUUGAGAAUAAUAGGCAGUUGAUUUGUGUAAAAAUUGUUUUUUUCAUGGCGUUGAUUGCUUUGUUGGUUUUUUUCUUGUUCAUGCUUUCUCUGUCCUUUUAUCAAUCUUCUCUUAUUAUUCAGUUGAAGAUCCUGCAACGGGAAUGCUAGGGCUAGGCUUAGAAUUAUAAAAUGUGCAAUCUAUGUAACUUUAUCUUGUUUUGACUUAAAAUGCAAAUUGCUAAAAGGUCUACAUCAGAACCUGCGAUGUCUGAUUUUCCUUGACUUUAUUUACCCGCGGCAGGAUAGCCUGUCCUGCGUGCCGGGAUAACGUCCGAAUGAGAUUUAGUACAAUCCGGAUGGGAUUUGAUACCCGCUCCCGUCAUGUGGAAUCGGCGCCGUAUAUCACAUACACCCCCGGGCCGCUCCCAUCAUUAUCAUCACUUAAUUCUUUAUAUGCGGUAUGUGUGAGUGUCGUGUAUAAUUCGUAUUAAUGGAUUGAAUUCAUAUUUUUAUGUUACGAAGCACAUUCAAAACUAAUAUUAACAUGGAACCUAUGGUUAAUAUCUACAUGGAACCAUUAAAACUUGUUUAUUAGCUAGUGGAAGGGGAAUUUAAGUCGCACGAAUGACUUCUUAAUGUUGCAUUUACAGCAACAAAUGCAUGGCUGUACAGAUAAUUAGUUAGAAGCACAUAGACAGGACAAUACCGACAACCCUAGCUCACCAGAAAUAUUCUAAAGCAAAUUUAUGAUUUCUAUACUGUCUUUAGGGGCGGCCCGAUGGUGUAUGUGAUUGACGGAUAUCAAAUCCCAUUCGGAUCGUCCCUUCGUAACAAGGAUUGACUAUCCGGCUACGUGGUAAAAAUAAGUAGUAUAAAUAAUAAAUCAGACAUGGCCAGCAUGACUUUACAGGUCGUUAAGCCAAGAAGAAUACAAUCUUUUUGGCAGUAAAUAGUUAAUCAAACUAAUGUUACGCUAUUCAAACCAUGCAACCAACACCAAGUUAUAGGUGAUACCAGCGAUAUGCUUUAUAUUGUUAUUCUAAAAGAAGAGAGUAUGAAGCGUCAUUAAUAAUGGUACACAAACCGACUUAGAAUAGUUAAAUAAUAUGUUGUACACAGUGGCGGAUCAAACCGCUUGGAGGCCUUUGUGGCCCCAACAAUACAAUACUUCUGACCGGGGGAUGUCGUUUGAGCUUUAAGCCAAACUUUGUUUUAGUCUUACUCGAAGCCCACGACAUUUCGCAUCGCCUAAUGUUAUUAAUUUGCGGUUGCCAGAAACUGUUCUGUCAAUUGCUUCUAGUAAAAAUCUUACUUCCGAUAUUUCUGAAUGAAUGUGGUUAACUUGCCCGGAUAGGUGAUAAUUUAUACGCAGGACACUUUAGAACAACAGAGGAACAGAGAAAAACAUUUGCUAUGGAAGACAAUACUGCUUCUUUUGUAUUUUUUUUAAUUAACACAUACCAUUAAUACCAUUUUGGCACAUUGAACACACCAUAGUCGGUCGACACGAAUAAGUAUCACAAAAGGCGAAAACCAAAACUACAAUGACAAAAAUUUUCAAUACGCGAAUUCACCCACAGCAAUUCAUUGUACGCAAUAAGCAAUAAGCUCCUUGAGAAAUAGACAUCACUUUUUGGCAUCAAAAA